GUAUGGAAUAUCGAUGCCUAUCCUAUUUUUCUGCCGUUCCUCAUGGUGGAGUGCGAUGACUCCGACCGUCAGGAACUGAUAUUGACCAAGCAUACAUAGUAUAUAAGGACAAGCACUUUCGGGGAAGACAAUAUUCACUCUGCAAACUAGGAUAACACACCUGCGACUUUAUAGCCUUUCAUCAAUUUGAUCAUGACUGCUUUGGUAACCAUUCUCGUGCUCAGUCUGGCAACCCAAUCCCUAGGGGGCGUGCUUCACCACCCUCCUCAGCAUUCAAAGCAUCACAAAUCCCAUCGCGGUCUUCCCACCCCCACUUCAGCACCUGCUCAUAAUCAUGGAUCUUCCGCAGAUCUACCCGUGUCCUCAGGUUAUGGUGCUCCAGCCGCCGCUGCCAUCUCCACGGGUUAUGGUGCUCCAGCCGCCGCCCCCAUAUCCACGGGCUAUGGCGCACCCCUGGCUCCUCCUGUACCUGCUCCUACGGUGGACCCUGUAACGCCAGCACCCCAACCUGAAGUGGUGCCCGAAAUACCUGAAGUGCCUGAAUUUCUUGUGGAACCUCAGCCCAUUGAAGACAUUGACUUAGCCCACCCCGCCCCACCCGUGUUCGCGCCGGGUUUCAUCCGUACCAAUGCGAUGAAUCCCCGCUUCUCCGUGCCUUUCACUCCAGUGUCACAAUACGUGGACGACGGCACUCAGUAUGUCGUGGAAGAAACAAAUUAUGUUGUCCCUUAUAGCCCUUUUGGCGACGGGUUCCAAUAUUUCACUGAAGAUCAACCUUCAGGUUGCACGGCUUGUGGAGAGCAGACCUUGACCUUGGAUCCGGAUUAUUACAUGUUUUUCGAGGAUACUGGUGAAUUGCAGAACGCGGAUUAUGGUCGAGAUUAUGCUUACGAUAGCGACUUCCCUGUGGCUGUUACCGACACGCCUGAGGUGAAGGUGGCCAAAGCUGUGUUUGAUAAGGCCUACCAAGAAGCCCUGAGGAGAUCGUCGGGUUAGGAGAGUUCCUACCGUGCUGAACGAACCAAA